AUGCUUCCGACCGCACCAAGAGCGUCGGGAAAAGGUGGUUUCGCUCUAUACUAUCUCAACCAAGUUCAACCGCGUCGAAGAGGUUAUGCCACCUCGUUUUGCAGACCUUCGAGUUCCGCCUGGCAUGCCAGGCUGGCAGGCCGAAUUGGCAGAACCUGGCAGAGUUCUGCCAUCAACACUAGGCGCGUGGAGGAGGCAAAAACGAUUGAGGAGGUGGAACGGGUGCGCUCUCAGGCUAUGUUGCAACAAGCGGAUCGGAGGUUCGCCUCGAUUCCGGAACCAUUGGAUGUGGAAGACGUGGUCAAGCAGGUCACUGCACCACACGCCGCCGAUGAACUAGUUCUUUCGCCAAGCGAGAUACCCAUUCAGAGGUUUUGCGAGCUGUUGGACGCAGUCGAUUUCCCUGUGCAUGCUUUGAAGAGUGUGCAAAGGCUUGUCGAGAACGAGAAGGUGGAGCACAGUGCGCAGGGAGGCGUACUCGAUCGCAUGCCUCAGAAAGACCUCCCUCGCAGGUCCGAGCUCAAGCUCGCGCAACUCUUAGAGCGCGUGUCGCCCAUCGUACAGAACAUGGAGGAGCGGGUAGCAAGUUUCUUCCUUCUGACUCACUCGCAAGAAGAUACGAAAGCGCUGCUGCUCACUCACGAGCUGCUGAACGACGCGGAGCCGCUUUUCAUCAUCGACGUCGAAGAAUUCAACUCGAUGCUGUCAAGAAUGGCAGAAUGGGCCACCAAGGGGAUUUCUUCUGCGUCGUUUCACAUUCGGACGUUGAAGAGUAUGGGGAAAGCGACCAGUACCACGCAGACAUCCGGCAAGUGA